AUGGCUGAUGAUGUUUUAGAGACUGUUUUGUCAUAUCUCCCAAUCAAAAAACUUUUCGGCCUCGCCGUUUUAUCUACGCGUUAUAGAUAUUCGUGGAAAUUCUGCCGCGAUCUCGCAUUCGACCGGAAUUUUGCUAGAAAUUUGUCGAAAAACGAGUUCAAAAGCAUCGUCAAUAAAUUUUUUCAAAACCAUUUAAAUUCCAAUGCCGAUCGAUUCUGUUUGUACUUUGAUCCGACCAACGAUACAAGCCUCAUUGUUGACUGGAUACGAAAGGCUGUUGGUUUAAGAAUAAAAGAACUCCAACUCGAUUUCACUCAAUCGAGAAGAAACUUUAUGCUCAGCUGUGACUUAAUAAACGUAUCAAGCAUAAGAAUCAUGAAACUCGUCUGUUGCGAGCUCCAUAAUUCCUCGCUUGGCUUAAAUGGUUUGUGCAAUUUACGCGAGUUAACUCUUCAAAAUGUGAGAGCUCGGCCAGCCGUCAUCCAAUCGAUGUUUACAAAUUGUUUGGCUUUGAGGGCCGUUCGAUUUGUAAACUGUAACUUAACUUCUAAUCUCAAGAUUUCGGCUCGAAAUUUGCGGAGUUUUAAUCAUUUGGUUGUGAAAUAUUGUGUUGAUGUCGAGUACAUUACUCUCGAUGCCCCGACUCUUUGUUCCUUUUAUUAUCAUGGAAAAAUUUGUGAGUUCAAAAUCGAGAAAGAUAUUUCACGGUUGAAUGAUGUUGUAUUUGACAUCUCACAUCCCAGAGGAUUUCAACACGUCCGUUUAAUGAAAGACGCAUUGGGGUUGUUAGGUCCCAGGUUCGAUGGAAACGAAUACAAGGAAAUCGACUUUCACCUUUGGCAGUUAAAGGAAUUCCACUUGACUGUGACACCAGAAAGUUACCUUAACCCAUCUGAUAUUGCUAGUUUCCUCAAGAAGUGUCCUUAUGUAGAACGAACUUUCAUCGAGAGUAUCUAUUGGGACAUGCACGGGAGGGAAUAUUUGAUCGAAUGUGAUACGGUAUUUCCACUUCUGAAAUGUGUCGAGUUGAAGGGCUUCGUGAUGAAUGAUCCACAAGCGAUGAUGGCGAAAUUCUUUCUACAACGAGCCGUAAAUCUCCAGUACUUGGUUCUUGUGAAAGCCAGAAAUUUUGAGUUUUCGAGGAAUUUUACGGCAGAUUGUCUUAACUGGGGAAUAAUGUCCGGUGCAAAAAUAGCGAUUUAUGAUUAUCGUAACGAUAUGAGUAUUUUACAUCCGGCGCAUUUGAAGGACGUGUACUGA